AGGAGAGGCAUCCAAACAAUUGAGGACAAAGCGAGGAUUUCUUAUAAGAGUUACGGUAUUUUGAGGCUCGUGCUUCUCUGCUGCCCCCUGCUGGAGGAACUCUGGCAUAACGAGACACCUGCCGGUCACAGGUGACACGCGACACACACCUGAGCAACAUCGCACCACAGUAAUGUCCAGCUGGUUGAAGGACGGGGUGGUGUUGGAGGGGACGGGCAGUGGUCAGAUGUCGCCCCGCUCCAGACUGCGGAGCCCCUUGCCGAGUCGGACAGCGAGGUUACAUUCGUCCAAUGAUGCGACCUCUCCUGACUCAGACAGACAGGACAGAAUGAGCAAAGCUAAAGAGCUCUUUGAGCUGUGUGAUAAAGAGGGGAAAGGAUUCAUCACGAAGAGAGACAUGCAGCGGCUUCAGCAAGAGCUUCCUCUGUCUCCUGAGCAGCUGGAAUCAGUGUUUGAGAGUUUGGACAGAGACAGAAAUGAAUACCUCACACCCCUCGAGUUCCACACGGGCCUAG